ACUAAGCAGUGCUGACAAUUUAUUGGAAUGGGCAGCAAAGGACCCCUAUUUGGUAUUCGCCACCUUCAGACAGUGUUUCUCUUCCUCUGCUUGACUUUUAUUCACAUUGUGCGCCUGAAUGUGGGCGUGGCCAUUGUGGCUUUGACCGAUGCCGAGUCAACAAAUCCAAACUUUCCGGAAUUCAGCUGGACCGAGAAGCAGAAGGCCUACAUACUGUCUAGUUUCUACUGGGGUUACAUACUGACCCUGUGCCCGGGCAGCUUCCUGUGUCGCCAAUUUGGUGCCAAGUCCACCUUGUUUGUGGCCGCCUUUGGCACCGCCAUGUUCAGUCUGAUGACGCCCUUCUGCAUCAGUUGGGGUGGCUGGCGGGCCUUUUGUGUCAUUCGCAUACUUCAAGGACUCUUCCAGGGCGUGAUAUUUCCCUGUGUGCAGGAGCACGUGGCCAUGUGGGCGCCGCCGGAGGAGCGCAAUAGACUGGGCGCCUUCAGCUACACGGGGGCUGAUUGUGGCACAGUAUUGGCCAUGUUCCUCAGCGGACUUAUUGCCAGAAGUGCGCUCGGCUGGCCUGGAAUAUCGUACGUUUCGGGUACACUGUGCCUCGUCUGGUGCAUCCUUUGGGCCAUUUUCGGUGCCAAUAAUGCGACCGAGUCCCGUUUUGUCACCGUGGCGGAGUGCAAGUAUAUCGAGUCGUCGUUGCACCACAACAAGGACUUCCAUCAGCGGACCAUACCCAUACCCUGGCGCGCCAUUUGUGGAUCUGUGCCCUUCCUGGCGCUGCUGGUCGCCCGCUGCGCCGAGACAUGGGGUCUGUCCACCCUACAAGCGGAGAUUCCGUCAUAUCUAAACGGUGUCCUGAACAUGGACAUACAGAGCAAUGCAGUGUUCUCCUCGCUGCCAUUCCUUGCCAUGUGGCUGAUGUCCUAUGUAUAUCUGAUUGCGGCGGACGUGCUGCUGAAGCGGAAGUGGCUGUCGCUGACAGCUGUCAGGAAAUUAUUCAACUCCAUAUCCUUCUGGAUACCAGCAGCCGCGCUCAUCGCAAUUGGAGUUCUGGGAGAGGAGCACAAGCAUCUGGCCAUUGCCCUGAUGACAGUGAGUGUGGGUGUCAACAGCGGCGCCACCAUUGGCAGCUCUCUAAACACCCUCGAUCUGUCGCCAAACCACGCUGGCAUCAUUAUGGGUGUCGCCAAUACCAUAUCGACUUCCAUAUCAAUAGCAACUCCUCUCCUUGUGGGCGCGAUAGUCACAGACAAGCAAUCAUUUUUUUUGUCGGCAACUUGGUGUUUAUCAUCUGGGGCUCUACGAAGGUGCAGCCAUGGGAUGCGGAGGACUUUCUGAAGCCGAAAGAUGCAGAGGCAUGUGCCACGAAACGUCCGCCCCUUCCUGAGCAGAACAAGACGUGAACAGAGAGGCGAACAAUUAUUCAAUUAAUCAGUAUUAGCACUAGGCAGGCCAUUAUUUAUUAUACUAUUUAUUUAUUUAUUUCCAUCGACAAAUAAAAAUAAAUCAAUACAA